AUCUCUAGUAAUUAAUACCACUAGAUCGAAGAGGAUUCAGAGCAAACUCUCCGCAAGAGACUCGCUUUUUGGGUCGGAAGCUCCAACCUUUUGGGUGUUUCUGCUUCGGUUCGUGUUCUCUGAAGCUUCUGGAGCCGAAGGAGCCGCAUCUCGCCCGGAACGGUGGCGUGUGGGUUUCAAACCAGGAAGACGUUGAAAAGGGACGCUAGGGAACGAUCGAAGGAGGGACAAAUGAGGUUAAAAAUGUGUUUUUCUUUUUUUUUUGAAGGAUUUGACUGAUUUGCAUGUGUCUUUUGGGAGAAAUCCACCUCUGGCAGUGGUUUGGAGAUGGCUGCUGGUCAGAGUUGGGCCUAGCGGAUUCCAGUUCUUUGUGGUUUUGGAUCGAACUGAGAACUGGUGAGAAACAACGGUUUCUUUCAGACUUCCGAAUUUAAUGCAAACAGUGCUGGUUUGUGCGUGAGAGAAAAAGAAAGAGGGCUUUGACGGGACGAAGACCAGUUGUUAGGAUUACGGUUUUGUAGCCAGAGGAAAAUUAGUUAAAAGAACAGGAGCAUCCAGUGAUAUAGUGCUUUUUUUUUCUUUUUUCUUUUUCUUUGGAGCAGUUCUUGUGUAUUCUAGAGAAGGCUGAGAAAAAAUUGUGGCAAAGGUAGCUUCUUGCUAGUUUAGAGCCUUUUCGGAUUGGUGAUGUUGGCUGGAGAGAAGACAUCAACAUCAUCAUCACCAUCUUCGGAAUUAGAUCCGCUGCUGAGGGAUCUUACAGAGAAGAAGCUGAGCUUUCAGAGAAACGUUGUUUCAUUGGCAGCGGAGCUUAAGGAUGUGCGAAGUAGGUUGGCUUUGCAGCAAGAGUCAUUUGCCCGAGAAAGCCGAACAAGACAGGUAGCAGAGUCGAAGGUGACGGGCAUGGAGGAGGAGAUUGGUAGGCUGCAGAAAUGUUUGGAAGAGAGGAACGAGCAAUUGAGAGCAUCUACAUCUACUUCAGAGCAGUAUCUUAAGGAGUUGGAUGAUUUGAGAUCCCAGCUUUCAGUUACUCAAGCCACUGCAGAGGCUAGUGCGUUGUCGGCUCAAUCAGCAGAAGCCCAGUGCUUGACCUUAUUGAGAGAACUAGAUGAGAAAAAUACUUCACUAAAAGAGCAUGAGAUCCAAGUCAAUAAGCUAGGAGAGCAGUUAGAUAAUCUGCAAAAGGAUCUCCAAGCAAGAGAGUUUUCACAAAGGCAACUGAAAGAUGAAGUUUUGAGAAUAGAGAAAGAGAUCAUGAAUGCAGUUGCAAUAGCUGGAGCUAAAAAAGAUUGCGAGCUUCGGAAGAUUUUGGCUGAAGUUUCCCCCAAGAAUUUUGAGAAUAUCAGCAAGCACCUGGAUGCUAAAGAUGCAGAGAUUGCCAGAGUAAGAGAUGAGAUCAGGAUCUUGUCUGCACACUGGAAACAUAAAACCAAAGAGUUAGAAUCUCAGUUAGAAAAACAUCGAAGGGCUGAUCAGGAAUUGAAGAAGAGAGUAUUGAAGCUUGAAUUCUGUCUUCAAGAAGCACGGAGCCAAACACGAAAACUUCAAAGGAUGGGAGAAAAAAGAGACAAGGCUCUAAAAGAACUAAGAGAUCAAUUGGCAAUGAAGCAGCAGAAUGGGGCUGGUUGCAAUGACAAGCAGAACUUCUGGGAGAGCUCUGGUUUCAAGAUUGUUGUUUCUAUGUCUAUGUUGGUCUUAGCUGUUUGUGCAAAGCGAUAAAGGCUUCCUUUUCCUGUUAUCUAUGUGUACUAGUACUCGAACAACUUUAUUUAUUUAAAAAUAGAGGACUCUAUAAACACUCAAGUAGAUUUGUUCA